AUGAGGAAUUUGACGCCUAUCUUCAAAAAUGAAGUAUAUUCACCUGUUGCCUCGAUAGCCGGACACAAAAACGUCGUGUUCACCAGUGGAAUCGGUGAUAGACGAACUCCAUACAUGGGCCCUCCAAGCCCAGAGCGAGAAGACCUAUGGAAUGACCUAUAUGGGUUUGGCACGAGUGUCAUCGGCCGCGAGCACGCAGCCAAGCUUGUUAAUAAGACCGUUCCAGUCCCCGGGAAAAACGGGGAAUAUGAAGGCAAGUACGUUAUUAUGUUGGGCGUCUUUCACCAGCUACACUGCGUGAACUUGCUUCGAAAAAGCUUGUACUGGAAGACACAGUGGACCACAGAUCCUAACGAUCCCAUGAGCCUUAUGCACCUAGAACAUUGUGUUGAUGCACUCAGACAGGCUGUUAUGUGCUCAGCGGAUGUUACACCACAUCCGUGGGUCUGGGAUGAUGGACAAAACAAAGAGGUGGCCGAAGUUAUGCAUACCUGCCGCGACUUUGAUGCUAUCAGGAGUUGGGCACGACCACGCGAUGUAUUCCUCCAGGGAUGGGAUAAGAGCAUCCGGGUUCCUGACCCAUUGCAUGCUCCUUAA